AUGGGGUGUACCUUAAGCAGAGAGAACAUGGUGGCAAGGAAGCGCAGUAAAAUGAUCGACAGGAAUUUGACAGCUGAAAGAGAGAGAUCAAAAAGAGAGCUCCGGCUGCUCCUCCUUGGUGCUGAUGAGUCAGGAAAGAGUACGAUUGCCAAACAGAUAAAAAUUAUCUAUGGGGGAGGUUACUCAGAAGAGGAGCGUAAACGGUACAAGGCUGUGGUCCACAGUAACACCAUCCAAUCCAUUACCGCCAUUAUCCGCGCCAUGGGCCGACUCGAGAUCGAAUUUGAAGAUGCAGCACGAGCAGAUGAUGUAAGGCAGCUGUUUGAAGCAGUCGGCUCAGCAGAACAGGGCUUUAUGUCAUCGGAGCUGGCUGGAGUGAUUAAACGACUGUGGAGGGAUGGCGGAGUGCAGGCCUGCUUCAGCCGCGCCAGAGAGUACCAGCUCAACGACUCAGCGGCAUAUUACCUGAAUGAUCUGGACAGGAUAUCUCAGGCCACCUAUAUUCCCACCCAGCAGGAUGUGCUAAGAGCCCGAGUGGAAACCACAGGCGUCGUUGAGACUGACUUCACAGUCAACGGCAUUCAUUACAAGAUGAUUGAUGUCACAGGUCAGAGGUCAGAAAUGAAGAAGUGGAUCCACUGCUUUAACGAGACCACGGCGAUUAUCUUCUGUGUGGCACUGAGUGACUAUGACCAGGUCUCGGGAGAGGAUGAGGAGAUGAGCCGAAUGUAUGAAAGCCUGAAAUUGUUUGACAGCAUCUGCAAGCGACGCGUGGGCUCCCGCACUGUUCUCUUCCUCAACAAGAAAGAUCUGUUUGAGGAGAAGAUAAAGAAGACCCCACUCACCGUUUGUUUUCCAGAAUAUGCAGGAUCCAACACAUACGAGGAGGCUGCAGACUACAUCUGGCGUCAGUUUGAGAGCCUGAGUAAGGACCGUGUCGUCCACACCCACUUCACGUGUGCGACGGACACAAAGCACGUGCAGUUUGUCUUUCACGCUGUCACUGAUGCUAUCACUGCUAUUCGCUGCCAUUUGCACCUUUGGCUGGUGGCCGAGUGGUCUAAGGCGCCAGACUCAAGGCUCUAUACCUUACAGCAGAUGGGUGUUCUGGUCUCCAAGUGGAGGCGUCAGACCAAACGUUGUGUGGUCAGAGAUGAGGCUGGUCUCCUGAAACUGAAGCUUGGUGUGCUGGUCCUUCUCUGGGUCAUCUUGGGACCUUCUGUAGCCACAUUUAAAGUGCUCACUCAAGAAAGCGAUGAUGUCACAUACUGCGAUGUCAGCAUUCUCCAGCCAUCUCACAGUAAACAGCUGGACAACCCCGAUGUUGAAGACAACAAGGACCUUACACAACCGAAAGUUGAUACUCUCCAGAUGAGUCCAGACUAUAAUCCGCUCUAUUUGCACGUGGACUCAAUCGAACAUAUAACAGACUUUGGACCAGGGGCUGCUGAAGAAACCAAGAAGAGUACAUGCCCUGAAAGCGAUGUGGUCCAGCUGAGUGAAAGAAAGCAGCAAAGCUCAUUUACUGCUGCUUUUGAAGAUGAAGAGGCCAUCUACUCAAACGUCCUAAAACAAGGUAGAGGAGAGUUUGCUGUACACGACGACGACGACGAUGAUGAUGAUGAUGAUGAUGAUGAUUUCAGAAUAUUACAAUCUGAUUUCUUCUCGUUCAGAUGGACUGGAGAAGAGGUUCCACAAGGAAACUCAUGA